UUGAGACCAGGUCAAUUCUGGCUCGCUAAACUACAAUUGUAGUGAGUACGCCUGUUGAUCGAGUCCCAAACCAAUUUUUUAAUCAUCAAUAAUUCUUGAUAUUACCGUCUGGCUCUCUGACAAGAAGAGUUCCUUAUUUAAGCCUGCUCAGCAAAAGAUCGAUUAAACAGCAAAGAAACAGAUCUCUUACUUGAAUGAGGUCAAUGAAGAGACACUUUGCCGAAACAAAUCGAAGCUCUGCUAUGGCAGAAAACAUUACAGAGGAUAUUAUCAUCGACAUACUGUCGAGGUUACCAGUCAAGUCCUUGAUGCGAUUCAAGUGCGUAAGCAAGCGAUGGUGGUCUCUAAUUUCCGACCAGCACUUCGUGAAAUUGCACCUGCAAAGGCUCAUCUUGGAGAAUAUGACCCCUAGCCAGAAAAUUAUCAGAAGCAACCCACUCCAAACCAUAGACUAUGAAGCACUCGACAACGACGAGGUCAAUGAUCAUGUGGUGGUAGAGUCUCAUGACUUGGGAAGGGAUGAACCCUGGGGGCUCGCGGGGUCGUGCCACGGCUUGGUGAGUUUGGCUGUCGACGAUGGAUUUCUCGUGUAUAACCCAACCACCAAGGAGUCCAGGAAGUUGCCGGGUUCUAAUUUAGUUGCAGAACACGAGUUCUUCCAUGGAUUCGGUUACAACUCCGCAACUGAUGACUAUAAAAUAGUGCAUGGAGCUUUCUUUACAGCAAAUGAUGGCUCUAAGGAAUGUGGAUUGGAGAUAUUUUCACUCCGAUCUGGCUCCUGGAGAAGGGUUCUUAGCCAAGAUGUUCCCAAGUUGGAUGGAGUUGGAAUUUAUCUAAACGGGGCUGUUCAUUGGAUCGUGAAUCAUGGAAGUGGAAAUAGGAUAAACCAAGCGAUCAUUCCAUUUGGUUUGGCCACGGAAACAUUUGAAGAGGCAAUUCCAAUCCCCAAAGUCGAAGGUAUAGUUUUUUAGGGUCUGGGGAUUCACGGGGGACGCCUAUUCAUUUAUGAUGGCACUUGGAGACCACGUUUCGAGGCUUGGAUCAUGAACGAAUAUGGGAAAGAGGAAUCUUGGACAAGAUUGUUCACUGUCCUGACUGACGGUUUACCUGCCUGUCAACUUUAUACGAUCCCGAUAGCCUACACCCAAAGCAGAAAAAUUGUUUUCCAGAUCGAUGUGUCGGAGAUGAUUCUGUUCAAUCCGGAGGAUGGUACUUACAAGAAUUACCCCAUUGAAGAGUAUGAUAAUGUCGAGUCUACUAUCUACGUGGAAACUCUUGUUUCACCCAAUGUUGGCCAUGAGCCAUGUACGAGCUCUACAUGUGCUGGUUUAGCACGCUAUGUUUAGUACAC